AACUGAUGUUAGUAAUGACGAAUUGUAUAACGGCAGAUUUCAUAAUAUAACAAGUUCUGAAAGUUCCUACCACGAAAAAGUUCAAGGAAAUAUAAUGUUUUCUGGAUGGAAUAAUACGAUUAAUGAAAUGGAUGCACU